AUGUCCCUCGACCCGCCCACCUACCUGGCCUCGCUUCAGAACAACAUUCGCCAGCGGCCCAUCCCCUGGGAUGGCGCUGUUAGGGCCGGCACCAUCACCGAGGAUCAUCUCGCCCGAAUUCGCGCUGCCGACAAGGCGAAGAAGCCCGAGGCCCGCAAGGAGGUUGUCGAGGCCGAUCUCGAUGGCUAUCGCUUGCUCUUCGUCGGCGAGCAGGGCAAGCCCAGCGCCAUCGAAAAAGCUGGCAAGAACGCCAACGUCAUCCACUACGUCCUCGUCCUGCUGAGCGACCUCCUCCAGAGCGUACCCUCUCUCUCCAAGGCUCUCCUCAAGUCCGGCGACCCCUACAAGAGCUUCCUUCCUCUGCUCGCCAACUCAAACAAUACGGAGGAUCCGAUACCCCUGCUGACGGCCACGGCCCUCACCAAACUCAUCGCCUCCUCCCGCGACGAGUCUGCCGCCACCCACCGUGCUCUGCCUCUCCUGUUCACCUAUCUGUCCGGUCUCUCCAAGAGCUCUGAUGCUGGGCUCCAAGACAUCGCCGUUCAAGAGUAUUCAUCGCUCCUCUAUUCGCGCAGCUCUAGGCAACAGUUCUGGGACCAGCGCAGCGAAACCGUCCAGCCCCUGAUCGACCUUCUGAGGAGUGCGGCCGGUAUUGGCAGCAACGGCAGCUCUUCUGCCAGUCUCUGGAGCGGCAACGCUCCCGCUCGCGACGUUGGAUUUGCCGGCUCUUUGGGUGGCGGCGUCGGUUUGCAGUUGCUAUACCAUGUACUUCUCGUCAUGUGGCAGCUGAGUUUUGAGGCCGAAGACAUUGGCGAUGAGCUGAGCGACGAGUACGAUAUUGUUCUUCUCUACACGCACCUCCUCCGCCUGUCGCCCAAGGAGAAGACCACGCGCCUCAUCGUGUCGACCCUCCAUAACCUGCUCGAGUCGAACCAGAAGACGCUCCUUCCGACCGCGGUCCUCGCGCGCCUGCCUGCGCUUCUCACGAAUGUCAGCGGUAGACACAUGACGGACCCGGACCUGCUUGAGGACCUCGCUAGCCUCAAGGAACUUCUCGAGGAGUACGCCAAGACCAAGACCAACUUUGACGAGUACGUGGCCGAGGUACAGUCGGGCCACCUGCGCUGGUCGCCGCCGCACCGCAGCCAGGUCUUCUGGGCCGAGAACGCGCGUAAGAUCCUCGACCACGACAAGGGUGACAUCCCGCGGAGGCUCGCCGAGAUCAUGAAGACGCCGUGGGACAGCGAUAAGCAGGUGCUCGCCAUUGCGUGCAACGACGUUGGCGCGCUCGUGCGCGAGGUGCCUGAAAGGCGGUACCAGCUUGAGAAGCUUGGGCUCAAGACGCGCGUCAUGGAGCUCAUGGGCGAGGCAGACGAGAGCGUGCGAUGGGAGAGCCUGCGCGCUUUGGGCGGCUGGCUGAAGUACAGCUUUGACGGCUGA